AGCAAGAAAAUCUUCACUCGAAAAAUGGCGUCCACGAGGUUCAGGGUAGCGGGGCUGACACUAUUGUUCAUCGUUAGCUUGCUAGCUCUCGAGCGCCUAUGCUCUGCUAACGCUCACGCCCAUCAGGCGAGCGGGGGGAAGGUCAAUGGUGGAGAACAGGAAUUGGCUAACUGUGAAGGAUUUGGCUAUGGGAGAAAAGGGCUAGGAGGGAGAAAUGGCUACAAUAGUUUCCAGCAGAAACCGGAGACCAAAAUGCCAACCAAACUCGGGCCAGGCAAAGCGGUUUCCAGUAGAGCUGAAUCGCGAGCAUUUCUGCAGGCAACAUACGAGGUUUAUCAGCUCAUGCGCAGGGACUAUGGUGGCCAUGGCAGGCCUCGUCGCAAACCACCAAUCAACAACCACGAGCCGACAGAUUGAUCAGGUUCCUAAACAGUACUACUAAUGGCUUAGUUUAGUUUAGGCCUGGACCUCACAAUUUUCCCCUGGAAGUGAAGUCCCCAACCCGUACAAACCAGCUUGUAAGUGUUGUAUGUUAGUAUUAUACAUUACUAUACUAGAUAUUGGUUAUUGCCUAUAUGCAUUCAGACUAGCUAGUUCAAGAACAAAUUUGUCCUUCAUGGUGUUAUGUUUAGAGUCAAGACUAAAACAAGCAUUAUCUAAUAGUGAUGCAUAUAAAGAUCUCACUUGUUCCGUGAAACUCCUAGAUGUGAAAUGAAAAAUGAAGAAUUAUACCCGGC